GGAGCGGGGAGCAGGGACAAGAUGACCUCAGGAAGCCCAGGCUACAAGGGUGCCUGCUUCUUCCCCUCCCCCGCUCCACUCCGCAGGCGAGACCCCCAACACUGCUCCCCGACACUCUCCGAGGCACCCCUCCUCCGUGCUCACACCCAAAACACGUCUGCUCACCCGUGGGCCUCCCACUCCGAUCACAACGAGGACUGGCCACAAGUCCAGGUGUCAGUUACCUUCACCCCGACCUGGUCCCUGUCCGGCCUCGCCAGGUCAGCACCCGCCUCGCGCACAGCAGGGCCGGGUGGAAGGAGGCCGGGCCUGGCCGUGGCUCAGGCGCCACCUCGCUGGGGAAACUGGGGGGUGGUCUCAGCCCCCUUCUGGUCCUCAGCCUCCCCAUCUAUCCCAAGAAGCUGGGGCAGGCCUGGGCGGCGAGGGGACCCCCACCGCUGGCUCGCCGACUCCGCCCCCCGGAGGCCCCUCCCGCGCCCCGCCCCUGCCCCCGCCCCGGGGCCGCGCGGGCUGCCUGGGAGUCUGCGGUCCAGCAGCGGUCCAGAGCGCGCGAGGUUCGGGGAGCUCGGCGAGGCUGCUGGUACCUGCGUCCGCCCGGCGGACGGCUGCUCUGGUUUGUGACUUCCGGACAGGACGGCCAUCCUCUCCAGAAUGAAGAUCUUCUUGCCGGUGCUGCUGGCUGCGCUUCUGGGUGUGGAGCGAGCCAGCUCGCUGAUGUGCUUCUCCUGCCUGAACCAGAAGAGCAAUCUGUACUGCCUGAAGCCGACCAUCUGCUCCGACCAGGACAACUACUGCGUGACCGUGUCUACUAGUGCCGGCAUUGGGAAUCUCGUGACAUUUGGCCACAGCCUGAGCAAGACCUGUUCCCCGGCCUGCCCCCUCCCAGAAGGCAUCAAUGUUGGUGUGGCUUCCAUGGGCAUCAGCUGCUGCCAGAGCUUCCUGUGCAAUUUCAGUGCAGCCGACGGCGGGCUGCGGGCAAGCGCUACCCUGCUGGGCGCCGGGCUGCUGCUGAGCCUGCUGCCGGCCCUGCUGCGGUUCGGCCCCUGACCGCCCAGACCCUGUCCCCCGAUCCCCCAGCUCAGGAAGGAAAGCCCAGCCCUUUCUGGAUCCCACAGGGUAUGGGAGCCCCUGACUUCUCACGUGCCUGAUCUGUGCCCUUGGUCCCAGGUCAGGCCCACCCCCUGCACCUCCACCUGCCCCAGCCCCUGCCGCUGCCCCAAGUGGGGCCAGCUGCCCUUACUUCUGGGGUCGAUGAUGUGACCUUCCUUGGGGGACUGCGGAAGAGACAAGGGUUCCCUGGAGUCUUAGGGUCCUUCAUCAGGACCAAGUCCCAUGGACACGCUGACAGCCCCCAGGGAGGCUGUGUCAGUAGGGAUGUGUGCCUAGCUGUGUACGUGGGUGUGCAGUGCAUGUGGGAGCACGUGGCGGCUUCUGGGGGCGGUGUUUGGGGAGGGAGGGGUGCCGGCAGCCUGGAGAGCCUCAGUCUCCUGUAGCCCCUGCCCUGGCACAGCCGCAUGCCCGUCAAGGGCAGCCUUUGGGAGCUGGGAUUUCUGCCGCUUCCAGGUCUAGGCCCCGCCCCAAAUCCAGCCAGUCCUGCCCCAGCCCACCCCUACAUUGGAGCCCUCCUGCUGCUGUGGUGCCUCAAAUAAAUACAGAUGUCCCCCA